AUGAGUGCACCUAAGAGAACAAGUAACUUUAGCAGGGAAGAGGAAUCCCUUUUAAUUAGACUGGUGAAUAAAUAUAAAGAUGUUAUUGAAUGUCGUAAAACGGAUGCAGUAACAAACUCUUCAAAAGCAAAGACAUGGAAUAUGAUUGCAAAAGAGUUUAACAGUGGAGCGGUGACCUACAGGGAUAGUAAAACAUUGAAGAAUAAAUAUGACAAUAUCAAAAAAAGGUCAAAGAAGAAGUUCUCACAGGAGAAGUGUUCCCUGUUUGCUACAGGAGGAGGUGCCUCAAAAACAGUUCAUUUCACCGAUAUUGAUGAACAAGUCAAAGACAUUUUAGGUGUCCGAAUAGAAGGACACCCUUCAGCGUAUGAUGAUGACAUGAGUAAGGAAGCCGGAUUGUGUUGA